AUGCAGUCUUUGCCCCAUGCUCGUGCGUCCCCGUCUGUUUCGGGCUCGACGCCUAGCUCCCUGAACGACUUGUUCGUUCCCCCCUCGCCUGUGCCCGACCGGUCCCGGAAGAGCGCAGGUCUGGCGUCCCAGGAUGCCGGGUCUGUCCGCCUCUUCCUCGCGGCCCGCGGCGUCGUGCCAGAUUUGGUCACUUUGCAAAGAAUUGCACACAAAAGAGGAGGUGUGCGCGGUGUGGUGGAGACCAUGAAUAUGGGCAGUGCGGAGACGGUGUUCAACCGAAGUGCUGCAGUUGUGGGUCGAGUCACAGUGUGGCAUAUGCUGGAUGUGAGAGAAUGA